GUAUAUUUUUCACCUUGCCUUAUUGGGAGUACCAUGUGUUGCGUCACAAUCUUGAUGUGAUGCAUAUUGAGAAGAAUGUAGUUGAUAAUAUAAUUGGCACAUUGUUGAACUUGGAUGGCAAGACAAAGGAUAACUUGAAGGCACGCCAAGAUUUAAAAGAUAUGGGUAUAAGAAGUGAACUUCACUUGAAAAAGGUUGGGAAUGAUCAGACAUGUAUGCCACAUGCUUUCUACCAUAUGAAUGCUAGUGAAAAUGAUGGUUUUCUGCAAGUUUUGAAAGAUGUAAAAGUGUCAGAUGGAUAUUCUUCAAACAUCUCACGUUGCGUUAAACUCAAAGAACGCAAGAUUAGUGGGAUGAAGAGCCAUGAUAAUCACAUCUUAAUGCAGCAGCUUUUUCCAAUAGCAAUACGUGGAUCUUUGCCCCCUGAAGUGAGUAGGCAUUUAAUUGACUUAUCUUGUUUCUUUAGGGAGAUAUGUUCCAAAGUACUAAAUGUGGAGGAACUUGGGGCUCUUGAGAAGAGAAUUGCAGUGACAUUGUGUGAGUUGGAAAAUAUAUUCCCUCCCUCUUUCUUUACCGUGAUGGUACAUGUAGUCAUGCAUUUGGCUAGCGAAGCCAAAAUUGCCGGUCCAGUUCAUUAUCGUUGGAUGUAUCCCAUAGAGAGGUACUUGUCAAGGCUUAAGUCUUAUGUGCAUAAUAAAACUUAUCCAGAAGGCUCCAUUGCGGAAGGGUAUAUAGCAGAGGAAUGCUUAACAUUCUGUUCACGCUAUUUUAAAUCUGUUGAAACUGUAUUUAAUCGGCCUGUAAGGAAUGUUGAGGAAUCCAUGGGUGCAAUAGUGAGCAUUAUACUAGAUUCAAAUUCAUGGAUCCAAGCACAUCGUUAUGUGCUAUUCAAUUGUGAAGAAAUCACCCCAUUUCGCGAUGAACAUAUAGCGGAGAUUAAGGCUGGUUUCCCUUCUCAUGUGACUGAUGAUGUUAUUCAAAAGCAGCACAUAGAGAAAUUCUGCAACUGGUUUAGGGAAUAUGUGAUGUCAAUGGAUGCCUCUAAGAAAAAGGAAAUCUCUGAUAAAGUUAGAUGGCUUGCUCGAUAUCCAGAUAAUGAAGCAAAAAGGUUCAAGCGUUAUGUUAUAAACGGUUUGAAGUUUCGCACCAAAGAUUUUGAGGCAACUAGGAAAACUCAAAAUAGUGGAGUUUGUAUUGUUACUGAAGGUGGUGCUACUUAUUAUGGUGUACUAAUCGAUAUUAUUGAAUUGAACUACUCUGACAAGUAUCGAUAUGUAUUAUUCAAAUGUCAAUGGGCUGAUGUUAUUAGUGGGAGAGGAUGCAAAAAAGAUGAGUUUGGAUUUCCCCUUGUCAAUUUUUCAAGAUUGAUACACACAGGUGAUCAAUUGAUUGAUGAACCUUAUGUAUUAGCAUCCCAAGUUUCGCAAGUGUUUUAUGUGGAGGAUGUGAGACAUAAAGAUUGGGUAGUAGUGGUCAGAACCAAACCUAGGGAGGUGUUUGAUGUUGGUAUUCAAGCUUUAGAUGAUGAUGAUGAUGAAGUGGAUACAUAUAUGGAGAAUGUCCCUUAUAAUGUAACUACUGAUGAUGCAUGUGAUGAUGUAAAUGACAACCAUGCUUGGGCUCGAGUUGAUGAAGAAGGAACCAUUUAUGAUACACCGUUGAUUAAUGAGGAUGAAUUUCUUGAACAAGACUUUAUCGAUGAUGAAGAGCUUAGUGAUGAUGUUUAUGAGUCUAAUGACGAUGAGUCCAAUGAUGAUGGAUCCAAUAAUGAUGAGUCUAGUGAUGAUGACUAGUUGAAAUGGCAAGGAGAAAGGCAAAUCUGCACACACGUCCCAAGAGUGUUACAUUACAAAGAGCUUCUU